AUGGUGAAAGAGAAGACUCAUGUUAACGUGGUGAUUAUCGGCCAUGUGGACAGCGGGAAGUCAACCACCACCGGUCACCUCGUCUAUAAAUGUGGAGGCAUCGAUCAGAGACGACUGGAGAAGUUUGAAAAGGCUGCAGCACAGAUGGGGAAGAGUUCCUUUAAGUUUGCCUGGGUGUUGGACAAGCUGAAAGCGGAGCGGGAGCGAGGCAUCACCAUCGACAUCUCACUGCUGAAGUUUAACACACAGAAAUACACCAUGACUAUAAUUGAUGCUCCGGGCCACCGUGACUUCAUCAAAAACAUGAUAACAGGGACUUCACAGGCUGAUGUGGCCCUGCUGGUGGUCUCGGCAGCUAAAGGAGAGUUUGAGGCCGGCGUAUCGAGGAGCGGUCAGACCAGAGAGCACGCCUUGCUGGCUUACACUCUGGGCGUCAAGCAAAUCAUCGUCUGCGUGAACAAGAUGGACGUGACCGAGCCGCCGUACAGCCAGAAACGCUUCGACGAGGUGGUCCGAGGCGUGAGUGGCUUCCUCAAGAAGAUUGGCUACGACCCAACCAGCGUCCCUUUUGUUCCGAUCUCUGGCUGGACCGGAGAGAACAUGAUCACUGCCACUCAGAAGAUGCCGUGGUUUCAAGGCUGGAAGUCCAGACGAAGGGAAGGAAACGCUAGUGGGAGAACUCUACUGGAAGUCCUGGACUCCAUCCGUCCGCCGGUCCGCACCAUCAACAAACCGCUACGAUUACCUCUGCAGGACGUCUACAAGAUAGGAGGUGUUGGGACCGUACCUGUGGGGAAGAUCGAGACCGGCGUCCUGAAACCCGGUAUGACCCUGAUGUUCUCCCCCGCCAAGCUGACGGCUGAGGUGAAGUCCAUCGAGAUGCACCACCAGGGUCUGCAGACGGCUCUACCGGGACACAACGUCGGCUUCAACAUUAAAAACGUGGCGGUGAAGAACCUGCGGCGUGGUGACGUAGCCGGAAACGCCCAGCAGGACCCCCCCUCUGACGUCAACAGCUUCGAAGCUCAGGUGAUCGUUCUGAACCAUCCAGGAAAGAUUAAAACUGGCUACACCCCCGUCCUGGACUGCCACACCGCCCACGUCACCUGCCGCUUUGCCGAGCUGAGGGAGAAACUGGACCGCCGCACCGGGAAGAAGCUGGAGGACAACCCUCAGAUCCUGAUGUCUGGAGACGCUGCGACAGUCAAACUGGUUCCCAUCAAGCCCAUGUGUGUGGAGAGCUUCUUCACUUAUCCUCCUUUAGGUCGCUUCGCAGUCCGAGACCUGAAGCAGACGGUUGCUGUUGGCGUCAUCAAGUCAGUGGAGAAGGACCAAGGCUCCAAAGCUCCACUCAAACCUCAAGUGUGUAAAUAA